UUCGCGUUCGAUACUCCCAACUCGCACUCUUCCAUCCACAUCCGCAUCACAUCCGCCCCCGCGCUGCAUCUCUCGGCUCGAAAAUGGUAUACAAUGGAGACGAGGUGUCGGCUGUCGUCGUCGACUUCGGUUCGCACACUACGCGCGCAGGCUUCGCCGGCGAGGAUGGGCCACGUGUAGUGACGCCGUCGUUCUACGGGUUCCGGGACGAGGAGGAGGGCGAGCCCCCUGCGACAAACGGCGAUGGUGACGACCCGAUGGAGGGCGACGCCGAGAAGAAGAUGGGCAAGAGGAAGUACUUCUUCGGCGACGACGGCGUGGGUGUCUGGCGCAAGGACAUGGAGGUUGGGAGCUUCAUGGUGGAUGGCAUCGUUAAUGAUAGCGAAGCCGCGGGGCAAAUGCUGUCCUAUGUCCUGCGGAAGCGGAUGGGCGUCGACCCGACUGAGCACCCGCUCAUGCUGACCGAGCCUGCAUGGAACACGCCUGCUGCGCGUGAGAUGCUCGCACAGCUUGCAUUCGAAGGUGAGGGCGUCCCAGCCCUCUACUUCGGCUCGGCUGGUGUCCUCUCGGCCUUCGCGGCGGGCAAGCCAACUGCGCUCGUCCUCGACGUUGGAUACGCCAACUCUUCCACUGUUCCUGUUGUGGAUGGUUACGCGCUGCGCGCGGGUACGAUGCGCCAGCCGCUGGCAUCGAGCCUCAUCCUUGCUCAGCUUCAGCACCACUUCCAGACACCGACACCAACGCGUUCUUUCCCCCUCUCUCUGCUCCCUCGCCAGCUUAUCGCUAAGCGCGACACCUCGGUGGAGCCCGGAACGGAGCCGCACCCCGGCCUUCGUGAGGAUCGGGCGGCGGGUACGACUGCGUCGUGGCGCGCGUGGGCCGAGCAGGGCGUCGUGGAGAACUGGAAGGAGGCGUGCUCUGAGCUCGUCAGCGCCCGCGGCUUCGAUAUCCGAUCCGCUACCAACCUCCCCCAAGUCCUGUACGAAUUCCCAGACGGGUACCAGCAGUACUUUGGCGAGGAGCGGUAUCGCUUCACUGAAAUGCUCUACGACCCUAAGAACUACUUUGACCAGUCGUACGAGCCGCCGGCGCUGCUGCGCGCUACACCGUCGGGCGACCACUCACAUUCGCUCAAGGACGCUGUGCCGCUUUCGCAGCUUGUGCAUGACAGCAUCAUGGCGUGUGAUGUGGACGUGCGCGGUGCCCUGUUGCAGAACAUCGUCGUUGUCGGCAACACCAGCUUGACGCGUGGUCUGACUGAGCGCCUGGAUGUCGAACUGGCCAGCCUCUUGCCCAGUCAAAAAAUUAAGAUACACUCGCCCUCAAUUCCGUACGAGCGCAAGUACUCGGCCUGGCUUGGCGGAUCUGUGCUCGCCUCGCUCGGCACGUUCCACCAGCUCUGGGUGACCAAGGACGAGUACGAGGAGCACGGCAUGAACAUUGUGCACCAGCGGUGCAAGUGAGCUGUGGUAGUGGUAUGUGUAUUCCUAUUCUGUAGACGGUAGAUGCAAGGUAGUGCUAGGCAAGAUACGUUGCGUCCGAGCCAUCGUAUGGAUCCCAACAAGUUUC